AUGAAGUCAUUCACGCUCUUCUUCCUCCCCAACUUGGCCUGGGCGGCAAACAUCUAUGUUUCGCCUUCGGGAUCGAACAGCGGAGAUGCUUCCAUCACUUCUCCGCUCUUGUCCAUCCAAUCGGCGGUGAACCUUGCCGUCGCUGGUGACACCAUCUACCUCCGAGCAGGAACCUUCAAGCCCACCACCAACAUCCAGAUCAAGAAGAGUGGCACAUCUUCCAAGCCCUACACGAUGAGGGCAUACGGGAGUGAGGUCGUCAUCAUUGACGGCGAAGCCUUGACGGGAACUCCGGCCGCUGUUGGAGCCUCGCUGGCUAAUGCCGAUCGUGGUAUUCUCCACAUCGAAGGCGCCAACUAUUGGAAGUUCUAUGGCUUGACCCUCAUCAAUGGGCCUUAUGGAGUCUACAACCGAGCCUCUUCCAACAACUACUUCGAGCGCAUUGUCACCCAUGACAACUACGAGACUGGCUUCCAGAUCGAGGGUGCCAGUGCCAACAACCAGGUCGUUUAUCUCGACUCAUACAGGAACCGCGACCCGCGAAAGAACGGCGAAAGCGCUGAUGGCUUCGCCUGCAAGGAGGGUUCGGGCGAGGGCAACAUGCUCAUUGGAGCUCGUUUGUAUGAGAAUGUGGACGAUGGUCUCGACCUUUGGGAGUUCAAGUCUGCUAUCACGAUCAAGGAUACCCUUGCGUGGGGCAACGGUGUUAACCGCUGGGGUUUCUCCGAUUUCCAGGGUGACGGCAAUGGCUUCAAGCUUGGUGGCGGCAAUGCCGGUGAUAUUGGAGCUGCCGACCACGUCAUCACCAACUGCUUCGCCUUCAACAACGCCGCCAAGGGAUUCACGGAUAACAGCCAGACGGGCAAGUUCUCCCUGACUCACAACACGGCCUGGAACAACGGAGAUGUCGGAUUUAAGCUGGCCUCCAGCACCUCUACCCUCACAGAUAACAUUGCUGCAAGCAACCUUGGCACAACCAGUUCUGCCUCUCAGAUUACCCUGACGGGAUCCCAGACUGCGUCAAGCAACUCUUGGCAGGACGGCACCACCUGGACCAACUCCAAGUUCAAGAGUGUCGACACUUCCUUGGUCACAGGGGCCCGCGCGUCGGAUGGCAAGAUUACUGCAAGCAAUUUUCUCCUUCCCGUGUCCGGCUCGGACGGAGCCACUACAUCGUGGUAG